CCUAGCCGAAAUCUUCACACAAGAGAAAACUGGAUAUGUCAAUUAAAGACCGAAAGACGAAGAAUCCUCCUUACUCUAGAGCUAGGUCAUCAUCUUCACCUAUUGCUCUGGAAGCAUCAUCACCUCAGAGAAUGGAUAAUAGUCGACCACUUAUUGCUCCUUCUCGAUCUAGUUACUCGGUUUCAGAUCUCCUUCAUCUUUUCGAGGAUAUGUGUAAUUCUCAAUUUAAAAUGAGAUUUAGCUUUGAGCAAGUAGAUUCUGGUCCUCAAUUUUCUAAUCUCGCAAAGCUUUUUCCAGAGACUAUGUUUAUCAGUGAUUGUACAAGAACUUCCCAACCCACCGUAGCGACCAAAACCCCAAUGGAUCAAUUUCGCACAUACUUGUACUCUUUUCUUGAAGAUAAAGAUGAGAAUAUGAUUCAAGAACUCUUUGAGGGAGAUGGGUAUGAAUUAACUGCCUUGGGUCGUAUUCGCAUUAAAAGUGUUGAAAUUCCUUCUCCUACCAAAUCUUUUGAUUGCUCUCUCAAUGGAAGUAGCGAGAGUGAAGAUGAGUUUUAUGACUACACCCCUCUUUUAGAUGGCACACCGACUAAGAUGAGUAAAUCGCCUUCAGCAAAUGUAGCUUUGUCUUCUCCUUCGAACGAGUCAUCCAAGCUAUUAGAGAAAGGCACUGCGCCUCGGACUUCCCCAGCUGCCUCGCAUAUGCCAUUGGCUACCUUUAAGGAUCAUGCCACAUUGCAAAAUCCAUGGUCCACUUGUGGGAAUCACAACUUGUCUCCUCCACCUAAGUCUCUUCAAGCCGUACACCAAGAAAAUACUUCUGACACAUUGGAAGAGACAGACGAAAUUACUUCUGAUACCUUGGAAGAGGCCCAAAUUCUUGCAGACUUACUUGAAGCAAAUGGGGUUAACAAAUUAUUUGACAAACUUGAAGCACCCUUUGCUCCAUCUAACCUUCUUUUGGGAACUUCCUCUAACAAAGCAGCCACCCAUAUUCAGAAAGGUCUUACUAUUUCUCUCCAAUCAAUGACGGAUGUUAAUGGCAUGAUUGCUGUAGCAAACAACGUUUUCAUGAUUUUGAAGAGUUUGGGUAUAGACUUCAUUUCCUUUUAUGAGAAGGUGAAGAUAUUCUUUGGGUGCUUUGCUUUGAAAACCCAACUUGCAGAUUCUUCAAACUUGUCCACUGCAGAAUUUGAGGCCCAAUAUUAUAAGAAGAAGCUUCAUUUCGACAAAGUUUCUGGCGAACAUAAACAGUUGUCUGCUUCAAUUAUCAAGUCGGAUGAGCACAUUGCGGGUCUUAAUCAAAGGAUUAUUCAAACCAAAGAGUUACUCAAACAACUUGAAGAGGAAUUGUCAUCCACCCAAGCGGAACAUGCAUCCUUUAUGUGUGAUUUUGCACAAGCUUCCGAGAGUGUUUCUAAAUCAGAAGAAGACGUGCAAACUGCUCUAAAUGUUUUGAGCCAACACAAGAAGAAGAAUGGAUAACACAGUAUUGUGGAACGUGCUUUUGAAAGGGCCAAGACUUCUCUUAAUGAAUGAAUGCACUUUUAUUUUUUUAUUCAUCCGAACAUAAUGUAUUUAUGAAAUUUCGCUCAAUGAUAGAUUUAUUUGUUAUAUGAAAUUUCUCAAUACAAUACAUUGAUUUGUCUUAUUUUAGCCGUACACAAUAGAUUUAUUUGUUUAUACAUUGAUUUAUCUUAUUUUGGCCGUACACAGUUUAUACUCUUGCGGGCCAGGAGUAUCCAAUGUUUUAUCACCUUAGAUUUCGGUGAGGUAUUUUAGCAGUUUAACCACAUACAAUACCGUUGGUGGUGUUUGACUUUUGUUUGGCCGU